AAUGUUCCGUCCCUCUUUCUCUCUUCGUUUCUGUUCUCGAUGAUGAUUCGCAUAAUCGCAUAUAUCAUCGCGCAUUAUCCAAGUCCAGGCCCUUGUUUCGAUUAGCGUCGAUUAAUCAGUAUUUUGUAACAUCCUAAAUUUAAAUCUUAUCAGCCGUCAGUCCCGAGCGAUUUUGCAGUAUCCACCCACUUUUGCGUUUCGAAGCAGAGAAGCAAUACUUAUAAUACAUCGGCCUGUUCUGCUUACUCCAGUAUAAUAAAGUGCGUACACUUAUAACCACUACCAAGCAAGUUGUACGCAAGGACUGUGACGCCGGCUGCCAUCAUAUAACUAUAUUAUAUCAGAUAUCACAAACAUUUUCUCUCUCUCCUCUUCUUUCUAGUUUUAUUGUAAUAGAACUGCUAUAGAAAAAUUGUGUCUUCUACAGCAGUAUUAAAUUGUCAACCUGUCAACUCAGCUAGUGCUACAACAGUUUGAUCGUCGUGUGCUUUUUCGCAUUGUGCCUCCUUAUAAUAAUAAGUCAUAUAAAUUAAAGGGUCUCAUGAUCGGACUCGUCGAGUCACGCAUUAAUUCGGUUGAACUUGCCUAUACGAUUUCUAUACACAUCAGGCUAGCUUGUAAAUAGCAGUCGUUAUUUAUCGUAUCGUCAUCGUAAUCAUCGUUGCUGCUGCUGCGAUGUGAAAUUGAACCAGCUGACUUUACUUUUUUGCACUGGAAAAUUGAGUGCACAACUAUAGAUAUACGAAUGAUCGCUUACGAUGUGAAAAAACUGUCGUAAGGAGAGACCUUGAAAAAAUUCCGCUGUUUAAAGUACUGCGGCACUCGCCCCCCGCGUAUGAGUGUGGUGCGCGAUCAUAACCUAUUCGCACAGAUGGCUGAUGGAGUGAUAACUGACAGAACUGGCUAAUUCGUGCUAAGUAUUUCGGAGGAAAAUAAUAUGCAAGAAUCAUGGAGCAGCCGGAGAUGCGAUGCUGCGUUAAAGAGCUAGACCUUACGUUGCAGCCUCGCAUUGCGCCGAGGUAUAAGACUUGGCUACCUCUUGCUACACAACAGCUUCGACUUAGAAGUUUGAUUCAAAUAAUUGGACAUAGAUUAAAAAUCAAUGAAAAACAAGAGAACUGUUGGUUUUAUUAUACACUUCAUAGAACAAGUAUGUCAUCUCCUUUGUAUACAAGCGAACCAAUAGACAAUACUAGUCCAAGAUGGGCAAGUCUUGAAGUGCCUACCUUACAUAGCACUGGUCAUUCAAAUGCUAGUGAAAUUAUUCUAAGGCUAUGGAAAAGAACUGUAAAAGCAGAUCCAUCGUCAGAUGUGACCAUCUUUACAUGGGGAAUAUCAUUUACUGGACUAGCUUAUAUUGGACCAAAACUACCAAACAACUUAGAAACAAUACUUCAUGAUAAUUCAUUAAUUUUUCAUCUUCAUGGUGGUUUUUUUACUCCACCUUUCUGUCUUAUAACUGAUACAGAUUCUAAAAGGUUUCUUGUGAUGGGUGUUAAUGCCUCUGAAGUAAGAGAUAGUUAUACAGUUAGUAAACUCAGUAGUUUAAGAAGUAAAAUGCAAGCUUUAAAGCAGCAAACAGACUCUGUACAAAAUUUAAGAGAGAAAAUAGCAUCAGGAGAAAGUUUAUCAGUUCCAAAGUAUCCACAAUCAUCUUUAAAUAGAUUGUUACAACCUAGAAAAGUGAAUAGAGAGAAAAAAGCCGAAAUUCUUAGGAUACGAAAAGAUUUGGAAGUGGCUAAAUUUAGAACAAAAUUGUUAGAACAAGAAAGAGUAAGAAAAAUGGGAGAAAUACGAACGCUAAAUCAGUGCCACAUUGACUUAAUGGAGAAAAAUCAGGAUCAUGGUUCUAAUUUAAUGGAUAGAUACAGGGAAUUAAAUAAGGAUAUAGAAGGGUUACAUGAAUGGCGACAAAUUCACAUAGACUUGAGAGAAACUUAUAUUCAAAGAACUGCUCAACUAGCUCACCGUCGAAGGCAAAUUAUUUCUGAACUGAAUUUCAUUUAUCCAAUUAUUCAAGAACAAGAGGACAAGUUUGUAAUUAAUUAUGUGCAUUUACCAGAUAGUGAGAAGCUUGAUACUACAAAUGAUACUCAAGUUGCAGUUGCCCUUGGAUUUGUAGCACACACAACACAAAUGAUUGCUAAUUUUUUAAAUGUACCUACAAGAUAUCCAAUUAUACAUUAUGGAUCUCGUAGUAAAAUUGUUGACCAUAUAAGUGAAAAUCUUCCAGAUUCAGAUCGACAAUUUCCUUUAUUUGCUCGUAGCAAAGAUAAAUUACAAUUUCACUAUGCGGUUUAUCUACUAAAUAAAAAUAUAGCACAAUUGCGAUGGUAUUAUGGCCUUGGAACAACUGAUCUGCGUGCUACAUUACCUAACUUGUCAGGAUUAGUAAAUAUAAAACCAAACCAUAGUUUGGACAGGUCAAAACGAACGUUUUCUGGUUCAUCAUUGGAUGUAGACUCAGGGAAUAAUAAAAGCAAUAUACCCCUUACUCCACCAACACAUAAAGUUCUAUUUGAAAAAUGUCAUAGGACCACAAGAUCUAUGAGUCACUUUAAAGAUAGUAAAGUAUUACUUGGUUCAUCACUUGAUCAAGGACUGAAUCAACCUGUGAUGCAGACGCGAUUUUUGAACAGUCAGUCAAAAAGGAUAUGUAAGUCUGAAGAAAGCGCGAUUGAUAAUACAGCCUUUUCCUUGCCUAGGAAUGUUUGUAGCAUAAGCAGCGAUGAAACUUUAAAUGAUGCUAUUUUUGAUAAGACAAGAGAUGUAAUGAACAGAGUUCAAAGCAAUUAUAAUAAUGAUCCAACAAAUAAUGUUACAUUAGUAGAAAGCGAUAUUGAAAUAAUGGUGCCAAUGUCAGUAUCAAAGCCAAAGGUUCAUUCUGACAAAAUUGGGAAUCCUGCCACUAGACAAAGGAGUUCUAAUUCAGUCAGUAGUUGUGAAAUGGCUCUAAGCAGUAGUUUAGUAGAUGGUGAAGAAAGCUCAAAUGGAAAUUCUUCACUGAAAAAUGACGAUCAUUGUGAUGGGGUUUUUAUUAGUCAAGAAAAUCUUAAGAGUUGUACUAUUACAAGGGAUUCUCCUGUUAAUCAAUCUUUUGAAAAUAUAUGUUAUACAGAAAAGUCGAAGUCAGAAGGUGCGACAGAAAUUUGUGUUCAAGAGCCAUUUUUUGAAAAUUUGGCAGAUUCAAGUCAUUCCUUGGAAAAAAUAACAGAUUGUGAUAGUCAAAAGACAGAUUUAAAGGUACAUUUAGAAGAGUGUUUAGUGUUACCCAAAGAAGAUUUAACUAAAAGUGAUGAAGAAACAAGGCGAGAUCAAAUGCAAACUCAAAAAAUUCUUGAAAAUCAGAAUGCAAGUAGAUCUGCAAAUAUUGCCAAAGACAGUUUGGAGGAACCAGUCUGUGAUUCAAUGUUGAAAACUGAAUUAGCCACAAACGUAUGUGAAGUACAAAAUAAGAUGAAAUCUGAUGAGUUCACAUCAUCAACAGAAUACAUGGAUUCCAUAAGACGAAGUUCAAAGAGCGUUUAUGCACGAACUGAAGCCUUAGCAAAUAAGACUACCAGCUUUAAAGUGAUGAAGCCACGCCUGUAAAGAUGUAUCCAAUAAAAUAUAGCAAAAUAAUAAUUCCAAUUGUAAAAUUAUCAUUGUAAAAGAAGCAGGAGUUAAGUUAUAUUUACGCAUCAAUCAAUAAUUUAAUUACAAAUUUUUAUUAUUUAUUAAAAAUCAAUUCAAAUGUACAUAUCGUGUAAAAACAAAAAUAUUUGUAAUACUUGAGUCUCCUUUAAUUAAAUUAUAAUAUCUUAUACAUGAAUGGAAAAUUGCUGUUGUAUUUGUAUAAAAUAAUUAUAAUAAAAGUUAAUAAUACAUGUUAAUUUAUUUUACUAUAACUAUAUAAUAUAAGUCUUUGUUAAUUUGAAUUUGCAACAACUUUAUCAUCUUUUUACAUCAGUUAAUCUAUUAUUUUUGUGCAUAAUUUUUAAUUGAAUUUUUAAUUUAAUCUAAGGCUAUAUUAUAUGAAAAUUACAAAAUACGUAGUCAUAAAAAGAUGAAAGACUAUGAUGAAGUCCAUAACAUUAAUUUUCAACUUCAAAAAUAAGUAAAAAAA